GCGCCAGCCUUUGAAGAAGUUCCUUGACAGUUUUGCUCUUUCCAUCCUCAAGAUGGAGUCCAAACGAGCCAUUGUCAUACCAGUCACUCUCAAAGGCCCCAACUACCUUCUCUGGUCACGCCUAACCAAGACAGCCAUAGGAGGAAAGGGUUUAUGGAGCCAUUGCAUCUCAGAUGCUCCAAACGACUCCAAAGGUGUCGCCACACAAGCUGAAGGCGAAGCAGGUUCCAAACCGGUCUCUGAAGACAGAUGGCUACAAGAAGACCUCACUGUCCUCUCCAUACUCCAAAGCUCCUUGGAUCCAUCCAUUCUUGAAGCCUACUCCUACUGUGAGAGUGCUAAAGAGCUUUGGAGUACACUUAAGAAGAUCUAUGGGAACCUGUCCAACCUCAGCCGAGUCUUUGAGAUCAAGAAGGCCAUCAACAACAUGUCCCAAGAAGAAGAGGAGUUCACUACUCAUCUAGGAAAGUUCAGAGCCCUUUGGUCUGAGCUAGAGAUGCUUAGACCUCAAUCAUUUGAGCCGGAUGUGUUGAAUGAAUGAAGGGAGCAAGAUAAAGUGUUUGGGCUGCUCCUAACUCUCAGUCCCUCUUUCAGCGGCCUCAUCAAACCCUAUUGAGGUCUGAGAAGCUACCUACCUAUGAAGGGGUGUGUGCUCAAGUCCAAAAGGAGGUGGGCUCACACGGAUUGUUUGGAGCAAAGGAACCACUUACCUUUGCCUCACACGCUGAAGGAAGCUCUCAGUCCAUGAAGCCGGUGUACAAGAAGGGGGAUAGAAGAGGCCUGAAGUGUGAGCAUUGCAAGAGGGAUGGACACAUCAAGGAGAGGUGUUGGAUACUGAAUCCAAGCCUCAAACCUGCCAAGUUCAAGUGAGCCGUGUCCAUGGAGGUUCAAGAGAUCAGCUCGGAUCUCUUGGUUGUACACAAGGAGUGAUACAUGUAACUCGCCAA